AUGAAGAUGCAAAUGACCUGCAUUCUCCAAUAUAGUAGUUUUACUACUCUAAUAGCUGAAGAGGCAAAUGAUCCGCAUGUUCCAGUCCUGAAGCACAGUGACAAAAAUGAGAUUACAACUAAAUGUAAAGAAGGUCCAACUUUUACUUUCUUAGAAAUCAGAGAACACCAAUGCUUGCCCUAUUUUGAUCUUUGUAGCAGGAAACUGAAAGGAAUGGAAGCUAAUCAGUGUACCAUUUGCUGGAUACCUCUUUCUUUUGUAACUGUUAUUAUGAUAAUUUCUUUACUAAAAAACGUUUUAUACUUCUUAAAAAACAAGAAACAAAAAGACAAAAUUUGUGAAGAUUAUAAUGAAUAUCAUUCAAGCAAUGAGGACUGUCAUGAAGAAAUUUGUCCAGUUUAUGACAAUCUUAAUCACUACCAACAGGAGAUGCUAAAUGAAAGUUGCUAUGAGCAAAUGAAUGUCCCUUCUCCUCGAUCCACCACUGAUGUACAGCAGUCAGCUGAGCCCCAAAUGUGUUAUGCUUCCCUUGACCAUAGUGUCCGAAGAAAACACAAAAUUCAGCCCAAAAAGAAAUAUCGUACAUUAGAAAUGGGUGAAAAUCAACUUACCAGAAACAACUCCACGGUGUCUUGCAUUUAUCUCAACAGUGCACAACUCAGUGCUGAAAAGCUGUCUGAAAAUACUUCUAAGGUUGAUUCGUUCAGAGAGUUUGGUUUAAAACACAAUGCAAACGAUGUCAUAUUUUAGUAACCCAAAUGUUUUCUCAAUUUAAUCAUUCAGAGACAUUAAACAUUCAAUUGCCAAGUUAGAUAAAUGAUCUAACUUGGUUAGAGAAAUUUGCUUGGUCCUUUAACAGGCCAGUGUGGAACUGAUUAUACCCUUCACCUGAUUCAUAUAUGAGUAGGAACCAAAUUACUGUCUUUAUUAUAAAGCAGUUAUAUUCCACUAGAUUACAACCACUAACAAAAAUUCUGCUAACUUACUGAGUAAAACUUAUUCAUUCAGCUCUGCUCAGUAUUAUUAUAACUUGCCCUACUGCACAUGUAAUAACAUCAGGAAAUAUUUAAGGUUAAUUAGGGAAUAAUGUAUCAGCUUUGAUUCAUCUAAUUAACAGUUGUACAGCUAGCAAAUGUAAUGUCGGCAUGUAUUUAGUUUCCUGCUAGUUAAGAACUGUUAAGAGUCAAUCUCAAUUACUCAAUGACUAUGUAAUGUCUUGAGCAUCUGAAUUAAAUGGUCUGUAAAGAAAGUAGUAAAUGAGGUAUAAAAAUAAAUCUCCAAGGAAGAAUUUGACAUUUUUCAUUGUAUUUAAGUGAUUGCUAUUGAUUUUUACACCACUGUUUUAUAGUAUAAGAAGUAAUAUUCUUAAUUGCUCCCCAGACGUACCUGUUCAGGAUAUAACAUCCAGAACAUUGUCUUGUAAUAAAAACUACAUGAAUGCAUUGGAAAUCUCAUAAUACAGCAAUGAAGUUUGAAUUAAGCACAUUUUAUUUCCUUGAAAUUAGUCGGUAAAUCUGACAUACUUUUUGGGAUUACUAGUAAUGGUUGCUUUUUGUUCAUAGUGAACAAAUUCAAGGGAAAAUUUAUAUACGAUAGUUGGUAUAGUUCCAGGAAGUAAAUAUUUAAAUAUGACAUUUUAUCUAAUUUGACAUGAAAAUAAACAAUCAGUUCCAAAAUAUGUAUUAUGUAAUGCUUUCUCUAAUAAUUAAUAAAUGUACUUUAACUUAUCAAUAAAGGAGAAUAUUUGUAGCUC